CGCACACUUCGAAUUUCAGUAUCCGCUAAUUGUCAAAUGCUCAUUGCGACACAUCCCUGUAACAGACUGCACAGGUCCCAAUGGACUCUUCCGAUUAUCCUGGGUAUGGUCGUUCAUGGCCAACCUUUCCACAAAGCUACAGCCUCUUGCCUGCACCUCUCCCGCAAGGCUACGGACCUGACAUCGCGAGCUCAGGACCGUACAGCUAUCCACAGUCUUACUACCAGCGCCCUGUGCCUUCUCAAACAAUUCAAUCUUCCCCCGGAAAAGGAAUCUCCGCUAAUGCGCCGGCUGUCGGUUCAUUUGAACCCGGAACCCUUGGUGGCGAAUCUCAAUACCACCAAAAGCCUCAAGAUCCAAAAGCUGACGAGCUAAGUUCGGCACGGGGUUUGCAACACUUCGUUAAUAUAAACGCCUCCAGGACAAGGCUUCAAGAUGGAGAACAAGAGCUGGAGUCUGCAUUUUCGAGUUCGAGGUGGUUUUCAGAGCGCCGUCUCAAAAAACCUCAUCGGACUAUGACGGUAGAUAAGGAAAGAGGCCGCCGAACUCCACAUAUGCAGAUAUUGCAGACUCGGCUUAUAUCGACGUUAGAAGAGGAUGGACAUGAGGCCGUGACAUUGACUGUCAACGAUGAGCCGAUGGGAAAGGGGCAGACUAUGUACGACUGUAAUAUGAGAUGGAUGCAUAUCCGCACCGACAAUAUCGAAGAAAGAGCAGACGCUAUUACUCUAACUAACUUUGAAACUGCUGCCAUGCAAGCACCUGGGCUUGACGACAGCGACCGCACUCUAAUUCUUCACCUUUUCAGAAAUAUUCGGAGUAAAAGCGAGAAGACAUUUAUCCAUGGACGCUAUCUUGAUCCUCUUGUGACCCAGUGGCACGCUAAGUAUGGGGAUGACAACAACAAAAUUACCCAGAGUGGACCGAAGUCAAAAAGUGCUACAUUUUUCGCUAUCCCAUACUUUUCAUUAGAAAAGUUCCACUCUCACGAGGCCGAAGAAACCUCGGAACUACACCCCGUGAGAUCUCUCCUUCAGACUCAUUAUGAACUGGAGCCUACCCAGAGCAGAGAUAGGCAUCAAAUCCUUCGCAGACUCGGAGUUGUGGAGAAUGGAAUACAUGUGCCGCAAUUAUGGUGCCCGCUAGUGAACAAAGAUCAUAUUAUAACCUGUGCCUCUGCUGAUAUAAGCGACUUAUUUGCGGAUAUCAUCAAGACAGAACAGCUUUCAAAGAUGAAGAAAAAUUUGAGAGGAUCAACAGUCGUGAGAUUCUCGGAUCCAAGCGGGCAAAUUCAUUUCCUGCCUUGCGACAAAUGUCAGACCUGGUUUGAACUUCUCGACAGGAUUGGGAAACAGUACCAACCAAUAAGCCAUCUCAUGGCAGGUGAUAGUCACCCUGGAUGGCAGCUUCUAUUUGAGGACGGACAGCUAGCCACCGGUGAUAACUGGGCCAAAAGAUUGGCUGACAACAAUUCUAUAUCUAUGAAUCUAGAACUGCGGUGGCAGUCCCAGGACUUCAUAUCACAACCUCCUGGUCCUGGUUUCGUCCAAGGUCCGCAAUCGGCGAAUCAAAAUGCUCUUUCUCCCUUUGCAAUAUCAUACCCUGGAUACGGGACAUCUAGCUACAGUGGAGCGGCGCCUCCCCCUUCUCCAUACCAUCUUCCCCCAUCUUCAUAUACCCCCCAACCAAUUAUUCCAGGCCCUUAUUCAUUACCGGGUCCUCAUCCUUACCUUAUUCCUUCUGAUCCUGCUGCGCCACCAUCAGCUGUAUCAGAUGCACCACCCACAAAGCGCCUAACUCUUGAGAUCAAGGAAACCGAACUGAGGGAAUUGGUAGAUAAAAUGGCGAAAUUGAGGGAUGAGUUAUUGAACGGGAAGCCUUCGGAACAACUGUUACAACAAGCAGAAAAACUCGUCAGUCUCGAAGCAGAACUACAUGUCCAGCGAAGAGCCGAUGAAGAAAGAGCCACAAUCGCCGCACAUCGAGCAGAUAUGGAAAAAGAAGCCCGGAAAAGAGAACAAGUCGCAAAGGAGGCGGAACUUCGGCACCGGGCGUUGAAAGAACUCAACCCUAUCGAAUUUACAGAUUGCUUUGACAGAUACUUCAAAUUACCCUAUAGACACUGUAUGAAUUGGCCGGACAUAAGAACAUUGAUACAUGAUGCCUUCAAGCAUGUCCAUGCUUUAGCGGACCAUGUAUCACAUGAUCGCUAUGAUCUUGUGGUUGACGGCUAUAUUAUUCUGCCAUCGUGUUGGCCCUAUCUUGUUGAGCCUGGAUGGAGUGUGAAAAUGUCGAUGUGGCCAAUACCAGCCCACCAAAGAACGCCCAUCCCAUCGCAGCCACCAGAGUGGCACAACCCUGAGUCCAUAUCAAGUCGCUUGGCUCCGUCUACAUCAAGUUGGGAGACUGGCUCUAUCUCAGGGACCGACGACAACAUGGAGCCAGCAAUGAAGUUGAAUCCCUUUUCAGCAAGAUUCCGAGAUAGAAGAGUGAGAAGUUGGGGUUCGCGGAGGACAAGACGUUAUUCAAACAAUACGCUGGGGCGCAGGGUGAGAUUUCGACCCAGAAGGGAUCACAGUGCAACUUCUAGAUCGACUUCCAGAUCGAAUUUGAUUCGACCAUCAUCCCGAGGACAGUCCCGUGAAGAUUGGGAUGGCUUCGAGACUGAAAGCAGUCGUUCAAGCGGAGGAGAUGAUGCUAGUGAAAGUGGCUAUUCAGUAGAAGAAAUACCCGAUCAUUUGGACGGGACCCCUUCAACAAUCAAGAGAAGAAACUUAAUUGUGGAGGAUGUUACAGAUUCGAGUCUCGAGAUAGUCGCGACUCGUUCAGGUGCGGUCAUACCCGCAGGAGGCGCGCAGCAAAGGAGGCCAGUCGUGGCUCCUAUCAGCUUUGUCUCCCAGGAGGGACUUGACCGUAAUAAUUCAGGAGCCGCAGGAGGCCGCGCUAUUGAAGCCGCCCCCGAGUUUGUAUACGUCCACGGUGCCAUUGUUCAAGAAUAUUCCACAUGGUCGGAGAGCCAGGCAAUGGAAGCUACCCAUGCAGCAGGGAACCAAGAUGUGCGGUUUGGGACAAUACCCAGCAGUGCUUCCACCGGCCACUGGUAUGUGAACCUCCAGUUUGUUGGAAAUCUUUCGGCGAGUUUAGAAUUGGUCUCCACAAAUAACUUCUGGUGGGAAAGGUAUAAGUACUUUCUUGACUCUUCAGCUUUUAACACGGGAUCCCAAACCCCUGGAGAGCAACAAGUGGAUUUUUCAGAAGUCCAUCCGACCCAGUAUUCUGUGGACGACCCAGCAUUUUUGGAAGGAGGUUCCGUAGACAUCCCCCUCGAUGCUCCAGACACCUCCAGUAACCAGGGCACCGAGGCACACGGGGACUUGGAACAUUCUCAAUCACCGAUCUUAGAAGUUGGUGAAAAGACGGUCGCGGAUUCAGAGUCGUCUCCGCCCACGUUAAGGCUUAGAGGAGGAGGAUUGCCUGAAAAGGUGUUACAACCAAAAGUUGCCUACAUGGACGACGUCGAUGAAGAUUCAGGCAAAGUCAUUCGGAAAUCGAGGAGAUCAGCUUCAGUAAAAUCUGUCAAAGGCAAGAGCGUAGCUACGCAAGAAGACUUCGAUUCUUCUAGGUCAAACAGCUUCACCGAUGAAGAAGAUUUCCAGCGGAGUACAAUCACUAUUGACACUCAUCAAUCUAUGUCAACCAGUAGCGGUUCGGACAAUGGUGAUUGGGAAGGAGUUUAUUCAGACCAUUCAUUGGCUCCAUAGGACAGUGUGUCGAUAAUGGCAAAGGAUCGAAGUAGCGUGCGAGACACGGAGGACUUAUAUGAAGCCGGUCCGUCCAAUACUGCCCCGAGCUCUUUCCAGCAUGUACGGCCAGUUAAAAGUGCUUUGUCCUCCUCAACGCGAAAGGAGAAGAAGAACAAGGAGAAGCGCGCCCAUUUCGAAGGCGACUCCCCCGGAAUAACGAGCAGAGUUGCCCAUGGCUCUGACUCAGAUGAAACUGG